AUGCUACGCUUUAGUCGCAUAAUGCGAACAGUUUCAAUUCCUUAUGCACUACUGUUCGGCACAUUAUUCGUUAUACUAACAACUGUUGGCCUCGUUGGCAAUUUAGUAGUUAUUGCUGCUAUUGCUGGUGAUAAGAAAAUGCGUAAUUCGGUGAUGAAUAUGCUUCUCUUCAAUUUGGCGGUGGCAGAUGCGUUGAAUUUAAUUACAACUGUGGUCGAAUGGUCACCAACAAUUGCGCUCGGUAGGCUUGGAUGGAUACUACCAGCUGUGUUAUGCCCAGUUGCUCGUUAUCUGGAAAUAAUAUUUCUGUUUGUUUCCAUUAUGACGCAACUUAUUGUUUGUGUUGAAAGAUAUAUAGCUAUAGCGUAUCCGAUGCAUGCUCGCCGACUAUGUUCCAGGCAAAAUAUAUUUGUUACGAUACUAAUCACAUGGCUAUUUGGCAUAUCACGUAUUUCAGCAUCCUCUUCACAGGCGGAAAUACGCUCACGAAGUGAAGCGCUUCGAACUCGUCGAAAUGUUGUAAAAAUGUUGGUCGCAUGUGUGUCUAUUUAUUUUAUAUGCUAUUCACCAAUUCAGGGCAUUUUUUUAUCCAAGGCAUUAUUUGGCAUCCAUGUGAGCACGCCGUAUGAAUUCAUCCUGCUGAUGAACGCACUGGCGAUGAUGUGUAGUGCGUGCAAUCCACUUCUCUAUACGUUAUUUUCGAAGAAAUUUCGGGCACGUAUUACGCGGAUACUGCCAUUGGCUGAAUGCCAGCGCUAUUGCUGCUGCUGCUUCUCGGAUCGGCGUGUCAAGCACAACACUUCAUACAAGGUAACUGGUGGAAAUACGGGACGAAAAGCAGCAAAUCGAAGCAAUGCAACAACAUCCAGGAAGUGUAAUACCGGGAGACAUGCAAAACCGGAUAGACGAUGCCUGACAGUGGCUAGUACCACAUGGACAAAUCAUGAUGACCUGGAAGAGGAUGAUGAAAGUCUGCAUACGUUGAGCUAUAAAUCGUCCUAUAUCAGUAGUUAUAUUUUUUAG